GCCUGAAUGAUGAAAUCUCCGGCAAUAGGACUAUGCAAUGGCUGGGGUUAAUCUGGGAUGUGCACCAGAGACAUCGUCUGGACCCCGGAGAGCCGCCCCAGAGGCACGCCAUGGACCCCGGAGAGCCACCCCAGAGGCACGCCAUGGACCCCGGAGAGCCACCCCAGAGGCACGCCACGGACCCCGGAGAGCCACCCCAGAGGCACGCCAUGAACCCCGGAGAGCCACCCCAGAGGCACGCCAUGGACCCCGGAGAGCCACCCCAGAGGCACACCACGGACCCCGGAGAGCCACCCCAGAGGCACGCCACGGACCCCGGAGAGCCACCCCAGAGGCACGCAACGGACCCCGGAGAGCCGCCCCAGGGGCACGCCACGGACCCCGGAGAGCCACCCCAGAGGCACGCAACGGACCCCAGAGAGCCGCCCCAGGGGCACGCCACGGACCCCGGAGAGCCGCCCCAGAGACACGCCACGGACCCCGGAGAGCCGCCCCAGGGGCACGCCAUGGACCCCGGAGAGCCGCCCCAGGGGCACGCCACGGACCCCGGAGAGCCGCCCCAGAGACACGCCACGGACCCCGGAGAGCCGCCCCAGGGGCACGCCAUGGACCCCGGAGAGCCGCCCCAGGGGCACGCCACGGACCCCGGAGAGCCGCCCCAGAGGCACGCCAUGGACCCCGGAGAGCCACCCCAGAGGCACGCCAUGGACCCCGGAGAGCCACCCCAGAGGCACGCCACGGACCCCGGAGAGCCACCCCAGAGGCACGCCAUGAACCCCGGAGAGCCACCCCAGAGGCACGCCAUGGACCCCGGAGAGCCACCCCAGAGGCACACCACGGACCCCGGAGAGCCACCCCAGAGGCACGCCACGGACCCCGGAGAGCCACCCCAGAGGCACGCAACGGACCCCGGAGAGCCGCCCCAGGGGCACGCCACGGACCCCGGAGAGCCACCCCAGAGGCACGCAACGGACCCCAGAGAGCCGCCCCAGGGGCACGCCACGGACCCCGGAGAGCCGCCCCAGAGACACGCCACGGACCCCGGAGAGCCGCCCCAGGGGCACGCCAUGGACCCCGGAGAGCCGCCCCAGGGGCACGCCACGGACCCCGGAGAGCCGCCCCAGGGGCACGCCACGGACCCCGGAGAGCCGCCCCAGAGGCACGCCACGGACCCCAGAGAGCCACCCCAGGGGCACGCCACGGACCCCAGAGAGCCAUCUCAGACCCCAUAG